AUGGCCUCCAAACGAAAGACCGGAAAGAUUGACGAUCUCACGCCUCAGCCUGCGAGCCCCGAGCAAUUCGAGAAUGAGCUCAAGAGUCUCGCCUCGAAAGCCCAGAAGGACUCGGGAGAGUCCUGGAUCCUCAAGCAGCUCGCCCUCUAUUUCAAGACGACUACUCUGCUCAUCCUUGUGGCUGCCUACUCCAACGUGUCUUACCUGACUCUUUCGCCAGUCUAUGGAUCGAUCCCAUCGUCAGUAUGGCAUUCCAAGGUCAUCAUGGGCGCAGCGUUUGCCGGAUGGUCUGGAAACAUCUGGCUCAACCGCGCACUGCCCAUCAAACCCGCCCAUCUCCUGCCCGUCAUUGCCAUGUGGAUCCCCACGAUCCAAUUCUUCCUUUUCGGCUGGAGCAACACCUUCACAGCACAUUAUGGGCCGCUUGUGACUGAACUGCUCACUUUGUUUCCCCUGGUUGCCAUAUCUGCCGCCACCGUCGCCACAAUGUUGGAGGAUGCUGAUCUCUCUUUCCUGCCCCAAUUCUUCGCCGAGGCCGGACCAGCCAUGCACAACUACCAUGUCAUGUCCCCUGCUGCCACUGUGGGCCUCAACUACACGCUGCAGGCUGACAAUUGGAUCCUUCUGGACCGCAGGGAGUCACUGACCGGCUACAUUUCCGUCAUUGAGAGCCUUGACAAGGGGUUCCGCGUCAUGCGCUGUGAUCACUCGCUCCUUGGAGGUGAAUGGAUGAAGGUCAGGCCUACGGAUCCUCGUGUGGCUGAGCCCAUCUAUGGCGUUUUUGUUAUGCUCGAGGCCACCCGACUUGUUGAGGUUACAAGCCCCGUUCCUGACAAUGAAGCCAAAGCUCUCAUUGAUCCAGUGGUUCACGAGUUCGCUUCCAAGUAUUUCCAACUGCCCAAGAACCACACAGCGGUUAUCGACGAUGCCGUCAGCUACACGGCUUCUCUUGUCAACGAUGCGGAAGCUCAGUACGAUUACAUUGUCCAUGAUGUGUUCACCGGCGGCGCCGAGCCCAUCCCUCUUUUCACCCUGGAGUUCCUCCAGGGACUGAGCUCCUUACUGAAACCUGACGGCGUGAUCGCCAUUGAUCAUCGUCAACACUAUCCGGGAGGUGUUCCCUUCGUGUCGUAUCUUCCGUGA